UCCAAUCAUGUCCAAUAUCUGUCGUUUUGUGGUGUGUGCAGUGGAACCGCGGCAGUGGGAAUCGCCCUUGCGUUUUACAACGUAAAAUUAGUGACAUCAUCAUCAUCUUAAUUUUAGUAGACGUAAUCAGGCAACGAGAGCGCUCGUUCUGGCACGACGUCAGCGUUCAGAACAUUCCUUUCGAGCACGGGCACGCGUCUCCCAUCGUCCGCUGCCCCCCAAGUUAACGCGCGGAAGGACCGAUUUUCUCCUGCGUUUGCCACCUUAACGCUUGAUACGUCGACCAUUGAGAAAUGGGGGACUCCAUGGAGGAGGUGAAGACGAUACUCCGCUCAAUCCUUACGAGCGAGAAGGCGGGCAUACAACUGCGUUACCUGGACAACGAAUACAGGACCCUCACAGGAAUGCGGAUUCCUUAUAGGCAGCUGGGGUUUAACACCCUGGAAGAAUAUCUUUAUAGCAUUCCUGAUGUGGUUCGGUUAAGCAGGAAUGCAGAAGGCAACUUGGUAGUGUCAGUCGUUGUCACUGAAUCUACGGCGCAUGUUGCGGAAAUGGUCAGAGGUCAAAAGUCUGCCAAACCAAGGCCCAUGGCUAAAAAGUCUUAUCGGCGGCCUCCAGGUUCUUACAACGCCGGGUACAGGCCCAAUAGCCUGCUAACAAGACUUACUCAAUCGCGACCACCGCCUGCAUCGUCUGGAGACAGGAGGAGACCAGGCUACGAGCUGUACCACCCACCUCAACAAAGAGGAAGCCUUGGUACAGCAGCGAAGUCUCCGCUAAAGUCUUACGGCUGGUCUGGACAGGCUGAUGGAGCCAGCAAUGCGAACGGCAUGCUCGACUACGCUCAUCACUGGCCCUGUGCGCCUCGUCGGUUGAUUUUUGUGCCACUCUACGUAUUGCGUUCACCGAUCCCUCCAAUAUACUUUAUGCCCCAGACUACACGAAGUUCCUUCUCGAGUCACCAGUCACAGUCAACAUGCCAGACUCCUCCAAGGUUACAAAGGCCUUGCCCAAACUUCUACUACAGGAAGCAGUCAGUGACCACAUCACAGACAACUGCCGGUGAGGCUUGCAGUGCAGGAGGCUGCUCUAGUGUCAAAGCAGUGCUGCCAGCCGUCUCUGCAGAACCAGCUCAGCCAGUGGCAACAGUGACAGCCACCAAAAGCCUCGGAUGGGCUGACAGACAAGGGUCCAGUACAACAACAUCAAUGACAUCAUCAGAGAUUCCAAAAAAGCCUGUUAGCACGAUCGGUACAGUUCCUUCUGUAAGGCCAAGCAAGCUUACCGAGCGGAAGCCCACUGUCAAACCAGACCAGCCCCGUUUCGACCCGUUCAGGCAGUCAAUUUCCCUGGAUGAGAUCCCAAUACCAUCGCCUGAACAUGCGGCGGCAGCGGCAGUUGCAGCAGCAGCAGCAGUGCCGAGUUUGCUGCCAAGUAAAACAUUGCCAUCACCCACACUGCCUUCGCCUGCUCCAAAAGAGCUCGGCAUUUCACUGCGGUCUCAAGAGCCCACCUCAACCCUGUUGGCGCAUAUUUCACCCUUACUGCUUUCUGACUCCUCCACCCCAUCAGUUCAGAAAACACUAGUGCCCGCACCAUCAGGGCCCUUGAGCAAGCCUCGAUCAUCAUCUGAAGAGGACGAGUACGAGAAACCAGUAAAGGGCGAGCAUUUCACCGUGGAGGACAAGGACAUCCCCCAGACUCCCAACUGUUUGCUCGUGCACGCAUAUGCACGCUGCGAGGGACUCCCGUAUAGCUAUAGCACCUUGCAGAGCCGGAGCAAGCGCAAUAAAGACUCCCCGACCUGGCUGGCCACCCUGCGACUUGGGCAACGCAACUUCCCAUCAUACCCUACGGAAAAAGCAACCCAGGACGAAGCCAAGGAGGUGGCCGCAGCACGGGCAGUCUUGGAGCUUGGGCUUCACCAACAAGCAGUGACUCCUGUGACUCCUGCCUCGACACCCGAUGAAGUAGCGGUCUUGGUGCGCCGUUUGACCAGCAUUGUGCUUGAUAAACCACACGGAAUACUCAAGGAAGGUUUUGAGCCUCAGUACAAGGAGAUUUACUCGGAACAGCUUCCAGGGAACUGGUUUGAGCACCUUGUAAAGUCCAAUGCCGUUCAUAUAGAAAGGGGAAACCCGUGCAUAGUUUACCCUGUUAGUGUCACUAAGACUAAAUCCACAAGAACGAAGUGUGCACCCGAUCAGGAACCCGUGAAGAAUGGCCACAGCUCCGAUGUCUCGACAGGCUCACCCACCAGCUCCAUGGGAGAACCAUCUAUCAUCUCCGAGUAUGUGGAUGUGUUCAUCUCAUGCGUGGCAACCACUACCAAGGUGUACUUCAGAUUUGUCGAGUACGAAGAGGCGUACACCAAACUACUUCAGGAGAUGACUGCAUUCUUCACGAGUGGGGCAUCUUCCACGAAAGUCGCCAAUUCUCCUGAGGUGGCCAAGCUGUACGCCACCUGUUACCACGGUCGAUGGCUGCGAGUAGAGCCACUCAGGAACGCCGAGGAAGGCAAGGUGGAGUGCUGCUUCGUUGAUGAGGGAAACAGCCUCCCCAUCUGUGAAGAAGAUCUGUGGGAGCUUCCUGAGCACUUCGCAGAGCUCGCCCAUCAGGCUGUUGAAUGUGAGCUGGAUGGGCUUGCCGAGUACGCGGACUGCGAUGGUGCUGUCGACAUCCUCAAGGAAUUGCUUCUGGGGAAGACUUUAGUUGCUGAGGUCCUACAGAGGGAAAAUCCCGUCUCUGUAAUCCUGUUCGACACGUGGGGACCUGGGGAAAUCAACUUGAACCAUGCAGUGUUUCUAAGCUUGAUGACACCGAGGCUGCCCGAGAGAGGCUGUAUAGGACGGUGCUAUAUGUGCCACGUUACCCCCACUGGCACGGUGUGGUUGCAGAUCAUGGGACCUGGGCUCGACACCCUCGGAAACAUCAUGUGUGCGUUUGAAGAGUUUUGUAAGGGUGCAGACUCCAUGACUGAGGACCCUGUGACAGGCAGGAUAUAUGGGUGUCAAAGCCGCAGUGACAGCAAAUUCUAUCGAGCUGUGCUCGUGUCACCUGAGCCACUUCCGUCAGGAGAGUUCAAAGUUCGGCUUGUGGACCACGGCUUCGAACAAAGAGCUUAUAUCGCAGAGCUGCGAGAUGUGGACAGCCUCGGAGAGUUUGUUCUCCGCUUACCAUCUCAGGCUGUGUCAUGCCAGAUGCGAGGCCUUCGUAAAGAGGAUGGCUUCUACUGGUCUGCAGACGUUGCGGCUCAAGUCUCUUCUCUUUCUGGGGGUCCCCAUGUCGAGCUUCUCUGUCGGAAGUCGACGGGAGGGGAUUCGGUUCUGCAUGCAUGGCCAGCCUGA